CUCAAAUUCACACUAAGCAAGAGUUACAUUUCCCUUAAAAUUAAUUAAGCUGCCUAGCUAGCUAGCCAAUAAACAUGGCAUGGUCAACCUCUUCCUCUACUCCUCAACAAACGCAUGAAGUAUUUCUUAGCUUUAGAGGCGAGGAUACCCGCUACAACUUCACUAGCCAUCUCCACGCCACUUUGACUAGACUUGAAGUCGGAACAUAUAUAGACUACAAUCUUCAAAGAGGGGAUGAGAUAUCGUCCUCGCUUCUUAGGGCCAUUGAGGAGGCACAACUUUCCGUCGUUGUUUUUUCCAAAAACUACGGAAACUCUAAGUGGUGUUUAGACGAGCUUGUGAAAAUACUUGAAUGUAAGAAGAUGAAGGGGCAAAUUGUUUUGCCUAUUUUUUAUGAUAUUGAAGCCUCCCAUGUGCGCAACCAAACGGGAAGUUAUGAGGAGGCAUUCGUUAAACAUGAGGAACGAUUUCAGGGAAAUUUGGCGAAGGUGCAAAAGUGGAGGGAGGCUUUGAGAGAAGCAGCUAAUCUGUCUGGUUGGGUUUGCUCUGUCAACAGGAUGGAAUCUGAACUUCUUGAGAAAAUUGCGAACGAUGUAAUAGAAAAACUAAAUCGAGUAUAUGUCGGUGACUUGGAUCAUAAGAUUGCAAAGUUGGAGCAACUUGCAACGCUCCAAUAUCAAUUCUAUAACAAAGUAGCUGGCCUUGAAAACGUGAACAAAUAUAAUGCAACGGUUCGACGUAUCACUGAACUAAAAAUGGAGAGAAGUAUGCGUUUGUUUCGCUUGUCUCCGGAGUCCGGACAUGCUUUAAAAGGAAAAAGCUAA